AUGGUGCUGAUGGACCAUGUGUUUGCGUAUAGCUACGGCGCUCCUUUCGUUGGCAUCUAUGAGCCACCCAGCUGUGAAUUUGAUACUGUUCGGAUCAAUCUUACAGUGUUUUCCCGUGGUGUGCAGUAUGACCGUCUGGCUCUCAUGUAUCUGGGGGAUACAGAAGUUUUCAGAACUUCAACUGCUGAGCCGACAUCUGCAGGGAUUGUAUGGACCUACGUCAAAGAAAUGUCCCAGUACAACGCGCUGUGGAAGAACAAACAGAAACUGAUCUUUGACCUUGGCAACAUCGUUAACUCUCAAUACACCGGGGAAUACAAUACUACAUUGACAGCACACUUCUCCUACGAAGGCAACACAAAGACUGCGGACUACAUUUUCCCCUAUCUCUGGCAAGGGAUCAGCUACAUGAUUCCAGAUACGGUAUCGCGUGCGGUCGUUGCAAUCUCUGCGUGUGGUCAGUCAGAGGAAGAAUUUUGGUGGUCGAACGUAUUCUCCCAGGAUGAGGAGGACUUCAGUGAUACAGUUGGCGAGCUUUACGGAUACUCACCUUUCCGAGAAAUCCAGCUCUAUAUUGAUGGAAUGCUUGCUGGCUUUGUUUGGCCUUUCCCUGUCAUAUUUACUGGAGGCGUCGCUCCUGGUUUCUGGCAUCCGAUUGUUGGAAUUGACGCCUUUGACCUCCGAAUGCCUGAGAUUGAUAUCUCUCCAUUUUUGCCACUCCUUCAGGAUGGUGAAGAGCACUCCUUCGAAAUUCGAGUCACCGGUCUUACUGUGUCCGCUGACGGAACGGUUACACUUGCGGAUACCGUGGGAUCGUACUGGAUUGUCACCGGCAAUAUUUUUCUUUACACGGAAAGAAAGAAUGACUCCAAAGAGUCACUGACUCGGGGUAGCUCUGUUCCCCACAUCAAAGCUCCAGCACCCAAGUUCACGGCCACUCGGAAUUUGGUACAAGGCGAGAGUGAAAAUAGCACACUCUCAUAUUCCAUCGUCGCAGAGAGAUUGUUCAGUGCAUCCUCUGACAAGUUCUCCUGGACACAGAAAUUGUCCUUCUCCAACUAUGGAUACUUGAAUCAACAGGGUUACAGUCAGGUCAACAAGCAGCUGACUUCCGGCGUAUCGACACUUACAGAAGUCGGGGAUAAGUCAGCCUCGUACGAGACCACCUUUCGGUAUCCUUUGCUACUUAACACAACAUACGGGAUCACCGCAGAUUCAUUGACCAUUGACUCCUGGAUGAAACGCGGUCUGGAUAUUGAGGCCUCUGGGGGUCCAGGCAUAUCCGCGUACACAUUCGCCUCUGGGCCUUCGGAGCUUCAUACCACCCAGUCUGGACAGGCCCGGUACGACUCUACCACCAGUGGUACUACAUCUUGGGGCGAUACUGCGGAUAAAUUUCAGAGCACAGCAAACGGCGAGUCAUACUCACGCUCCGUUAGAGCUGUUGGUGGCGAUGUGGUGUCUGACAUCGAAUUUGGAGCCAAGUCCGUUUCACCUUCUCACGGCACGGAUGUCACUGGGAGACAAAGCGUGCGCGAAAUGCUCGGGAGGGGUCCUGGAAAGCCGCGGGGCUAG